CGAAUUCAAGGUCGACGAGAUACGACAAGGGGGCUAUAAAGCAUAUGUGAGAGCGGCGAGUUUUCAGUAAUACUCGCUGGUCGACUGUGAUACACACGGAACGGGAAUCUUACGUAUUUGUCCUCCCCCUUUUUUUCUCACGUUUACAUUCCGUCUCUACUUCGAGCCUGACGUUCCGUACGACAGAACGUGGACAGAACCGUCCGUUGCCUCUUCCGCUGCCACCCGGCGAGAGUCGACGCUCCACGACCCUGCGGCUCGAUCUCCGUAGCUUUUACAUUACUCCGCCGAGCCUUUCGUUUGAUCGAUAAUUGAAAGGAGAAGAUUGUGAUAAUGGAACUGAUACGGCCGGACCGACCAUCUAAAUGCACGUGGGAAGCGAACGUGAAAAAUUCGCCGCAUACCACACAAACGGAGGUACCAAACCGUAAGACGAUAUUACCAAAUGUUUUAAGCGCGAUUGGUCAGACGCCUCUCGUACGACUUAACAGCAUUCCUAAAGCGCAUGGGAUCAAAUGUGAAAUGUACGCGAAAUGCGAGUUCUUCAAUCCCGGAGGGUCUGUCAAGGACAGGAUAGCGCACAGAAUGAUCCAGGACGCGGAAGAAAAGGGCCUGAUAAAGCCGGGGUAUACGAUUAUCGAGCCAACCAGCGGCAACACCGGCAUCGGCCUGGCGAUGGCCGCGGCGGUCAAGGGUUACAAGUGCAUCAUUGUGAUGCCGGAGAAAAUGUCGAACGAGAAAGUCUACGCGCUACGCGCUCUCGGCGCGAAAAUAGUCAGAACGCCGACCGAGGCCGCUUGGUACAGCCCGGAGGCGCACAUCAGCGUCGCCCAGAAGUUGCAGCGUGAGAUACCCGAUAGUAUCGUUCUGGACCAGUACACCAACGCUGGCAAUCCGUUGGCGCACUACGAUCACACCGCGACGGAACUUUGGGAGCAGUGCGACGGCAAAGUGGAUUACGUUGUAAUGGGCGCCGGCACUGGCGGCACUGUGUCCGGGGUUGGACGAAAAUUGAGGGAAUUGUCGCCUAGCACGAAAAUUAUCGCGGUCGAUCCUAAGGGCAGCAUUUUGGCGGAGCCGUCCGAACUGAAUGGCGACGGCGUCGGCUUCUACGAGUUAGAGGGAAUUGGCUACGACUUUGUACCCACGGUCCUGGAUCGCAAGGUGAUCGACACGUGGAUGAAAACCGAGGACGAGGAGUCACUAAUAGCGGCGCGGGAACUUAUCAGCAAGGAGGGACUGUUGUGCGGCGGCAGCAGCGGCGCCGCGCUCGCGGCGGCGUUAAAAAUCGCGAAAGACCUGCCCGCGGACAAACGCGUGGUCGUUCUUUUGCCGGACAGUAUAAGAAAUUACAUGACCAAAUUCGUGUCCGAUCAAUGGAUGGAAGCCAGGGACUUCUUGCCGUCUGAACCCUCGAUAGAAGCGAACAAGUGGUGGUGGAACUUACCGGUAUCGGAUUUACCAUUAAAAAAGCAUGUGUUGCUAAAGGGGAUGUCGUGUAAAAAUGCUGCGGACCUCUUGAAAUCCGCCGAUCACGUACAGCCGUUGUUAGUAACCGACGAGAAGGACGCGUGCGUGAAAGGCGUAGUCACGUUGGACGCGCUCCUGUCCAGUUUAAUCUCCGGCACGGUGAAUCGCAGUGACUGCGCCGAGAAAGUCAUGAUAAAGCAGUUUACAAAAGUUGCAGCCUCAACUGCGCUCGGUAGAGUGUCGCGUAUUCUCGAGAAGGAACCCUAUGCCGUAGUUGUGAACGACAAAGACGCUCCGAUUGGACUUGUAACUCAGCGCGAUAUUUUUAAUUUUAUCACCAAGGAUGAUGGCGAUGAAAAAUAACGGAAUUGUAUAAAAUUCGAUCUCGUCACACGCGAUCAAGCGAGACUGUUCGCUUGCUCCGUAUAUUCAAAUAAGUAGGACCGAUUACACGGUUCCUUCCUCUACAAUUUUAAUACUAUUACCUUACAUUUGUAUAAAUUGGGCCGAUAAUUUAUAUCAUUGUCAAUGUGAAAUGUACAUAUACAUUCCGUUCUUGUGAAGUGAUACAAGUUUUUAAUAUCUCUUUUAGCAUUUACAGUUUUACGCAUCUAAGCUGCACUUUUCACCUUUGUAGCAAUUCCACGAAUCAACGUGCAAAUACAGACGAGCAAAAUAAAAAUACGAGAUUAUGAA